CUUGUCGGCUUUUUAUCUUUUACUACGAAAUUCGGCAAUCCAAGCACCUCCUCCUUUUGUUUAGCUACCCGCAGUUAGUAAAUUUCCUGUUGACACCGGAAUAUUUACAAAAGUGUUAGGAAAGGCAGGUUUAGCGCCGUUCGCUCAAUUCCAGCAUACCUUAUCUCUUCCCACUGCUGGCCUGGCGUUAACGUGGUGAAUCUAGUGAGGGCAGGACUGGGUUUGAGAUCCGGUUUUUGGAUUGUGGAUUUAUCCGUCCUCUCCAGUCGCUGUCUCAGGAGCUGACAGCAGGUGACAAAGUGUGGGGGGAGAAUAGAACGCCGGACUAGGACAUUGGUCGCUCUGUGGCCAGCUUCCACCUAAACCAGCAUUGUGGAUCUAGAUAUCACUACACCGAUCACUGCAGCUGGACAAAGCGUGUGCUGCUCUUCUGGGCAGCGAUCAUCUUGUUUUGGUCGCUGAUGGCCGAAGCUUGGCUGGAGGAGGAGGAGGAGGAGUUGCGGCGGGACCGUAGAGACUGUGCUGCAACCCGCAGAGGUAGACGAGGACAGAACAGAAAUUCAGCCGGUCAUUCUGAAAGAAACAAGCCUGAGCAGCGUUCUUCAAGUCAAGGCCGUCUGUCUUCCAUUAGAGCUGCUAUCAAACGAACAGCAUCGACACGAGCCCCGUCCCAGUCGGACCUUCAGAGAGAAAGGAGACGUCCUGAAAUAACUGUUAUAGCAGCUGAACCACUUGGUCCGGCUCCAUGGUUUCCAGGUAACCCUGGGAACUGCAGUGCAUCUGCAGCCUUAGCCUUCCCGUCCCGCCCACCACAAGCACACUGGAGGAUUAGUGAGCCUGCGUCAUCUGAGCUCCCCCCAUCCUAUGAUCAGGUAAUUAGAGAAAUUGGGCGAGAGCCAGUAACUACAAGAAUUAGUAAUGUAUCUCCUGGUCGCUCAACCACUACGAUUGCAACACAAACCGACUUUGAAGUGCCUGGCAAAAGGUCUGUUGUGGAAAAUGGUGUAAGCAGCAAGUUGAACCUAAUUGAUGCAGACCUUAUUUCUUUGAAAAACCUUCCUGAGCCUCUCUCACCCAACUCGCCUGGACCACCUUUGAUAAAUGGACCAGUAGUAGUUUCCAUACAGAGCUCUUAUGUGCAGACACAGAACCAGGAGAAUGACAUUUUGAAGUAUCCAGUGCCAAAGCCCAGAACCAAAGUCCCAUCUCAAGAAACUAGAGACCAAAUCCAGCACAAGUUUGAAAGCAUAGCCACAUGUGAAACCCGGCCCAUUUCUACACAAACAACACUGAAAGAAAUCUCAGGGGCACAAGUAAUAGUUGAAGAAAUGAGCUCGGACAGCAACCAAAACAGUAUUCUUUCAAGGAUACAGGCAUUCGAGGCCCAGAAUAGUGUUGAAAGUUCUGCUGCAGGAUCGCAAAAAAGGCCUGAAGUUCUUCCACGAUCUCUGUCUGCAAAGCCUGGGAUUUCUGCUGCAAAGCCCACAUUAGGUCCCAAGCCAUCUGUUGCAAAUAGGAUAUCGGGGGAGUGGAACAGUGGAAUAGAGGGAAAAUCAAAAGGUGCUACAAGGGAAGGACCACCACUUCUGCCAAAAUCUCAAGCUGUUGGCUCAUUUGAUGGCAGCAGACUGGAGCCUCCAAAGAAGCCCAAACCAGUGUUGUUAUCCAGCAUCAGUAAUGGCUCAUCUGACACUGCUGGUGAGACAUCUACAGAAAACAGUGUUAAUGGAGAAAGGAAAUUUCCUGUGCCUGCCCCAAGGCCAACACUACCUAAAAAGUCACUCUCUAUGGACAGUAAAGUGGUGACACCUCUUAUUCCAGCUCCAAGGCAGUCCAUACCAGCAAGGACCAAAGCAUUCACAGCAGCUGAGGAGGGACCUUAUACCAGUCAGCAGCCUGUACAGCCAGUGAAGCCUGUGUCAGGCAGUGAACCUGACCUUAUCUGCUUUGAUGAUGAUGAUGACAUUUUCUUUUCAUCUGCAAGGCCAGUUAGUAUGAGCAGCAGUGCAGGAACAUUUGUAGAUCCCUUUCAGACACUUCCCAGAAGUGAGCCUACACCACCUGAACUUCCAAGUCGACCACCUCCAGUACGAAAACCAACUGUCAUCAGAAUUCCAAGCCAGCAAAGCAAAUCUUCAUCUGAUGAUGUCCAGAUCCCUCCCCCACUUCCUGCAGAGAAACCUGUUGGCAGUUUUCUACGUUUUGGUAGUCGGAAGACCAGCCUUUCUGAUAAAGCAGCAAACUCGAAUUCAAAACAUUCAGAAUGGGGAGGAGCAACGACUGCACAGCCUGUGUUACCACCCAGACCACCAGGAGGAGGAAAGGCAGCCCCAGGAAGACCACCUCCACUGAAGACUGCUCCAGGAAGGCCACCUCCACCAAAAACAUCCUCUUCCCAAGGUGGGGCCUUCAAGCGCUCUUCAUCAGAUGUAGGGCUCAGCAACAAAACUGUUCCAGCCUUCCCAAAAUCAAAGAGCCAGGGUUUCCGGAAAAAAGGAGCAGAAAUUCCUCCUCGGCCAGGACCAGGACACUCCCUGUACAACAAGUAUACGCUCCCACUUCCCCAUGGAAUUGCUGAACGAGAUUUUGUUUCCCGAGUCCCAGGAGAACUGUCUUUUAAGCGUGGUGAUGUUUUGGUGUUGCUUCAGCGAACAAAUAAAGAUCAUUUCCAGUGCCAAAAGGGAGAUGAAGUUGGUUCUGUCCAAGCAUCUUAUCUGAAGAUAAUCACACCAUUAAAUGAAGAGGACAGUUUUGUAAAUAAGAGCCAGUCAUUCAGCUACCAUCAGAAGGAUGGCGACAGUAAUAACGUUCCCAGAGCUAUUGUAAUGUAUGACUUUGUAGCAGAGCACAAUGAUGAUUUGGCCCUGAAAACUGGAGACACUGUCUUCUUGGUGGAGAAAAUAGACAAAGAAUGGUACAGAGGAAAAUGUAAAAACAACACUGGAAUAUUUCCUGCUGAUUUUGUCAAAGUGAUUGUUGAUGUUUCAGAUGCCGACAGUGGAAAAAGGAUGCCUCAAACACCACCCUCCUCAUCAACUUGCACUAGUGGUCCCCGAUGCAUGGCCCGUUUUGACUUUGAAGGAGAACAGCAGGAUGAGCUUAGUUUCUCUGAAGGCGAUGUCAUACAGUUGAAGGAGUACAUCGGUGACGAGUGGGCUAAAGGUGAACUUAAAGGUCAAGUGGGCAUGUUCCCUAUAAAUUUUGUAGAAGUUAUUGAAGAUCUGCCACCCACAGGUCCACCAGUGUCCCAGAGUAAGACACUGAGUUCAGGUUUUAGUGGAACAUCGUUUUCUAAAAAAGACUCAUCUCAAAUUUCUCAGGGUGACAGAUCUUCUGGACAGUGGUGUGAAGCACUGUAUGACUUUACUGGAGAAACACAUGAAGACCUGUCCUUUAAGCAAGGAGAUGUAAUUCAGCUGCUGGAGCACCUGGACUCGGAGUGGUACAGAGGGAAGUUAGAGGGAGAAGAAGGUACCUUCCCAGCUGCAUUCGUCCAACUUAUCUCAGGCCCAUCUGGUGGAACACAGACCCAGACAAAGGUAGGCAGAAAAACAAGGGCCAAAGCACUCUUUGACUUUAAUGCUGAAAAUGAAGAUGAGCUCUCCUUUAAGGCAGGGGAUUUUAUCACAUCGGUAGAAGUUAUAGAUGCUGAGUGGAUGAGUGGAGAAGUAAGAAAUAAAUCAGGAAUAUUUCCCAGCAACUGCGUCCAAGUUAUCCAGGAGCCAUGGUCUUGAUGUCCCUUGGGUGCUGUAAAAUGAGCUACUGAGCUAGACAUGCUCUUACUGUGCCUUACCAGCAAUUUAAAAAGAAAAAAAAAGCAAGGUUGUCACCACUGCAUGAUGGCUUAAAGCAUGCCAGCAGUGUAAACAUGCACUGUACUGGAGGGAGAUUUAUGGACCAUUUUGUUUUCGCUUCUUUCUUAAUGCCAUGUAUUGUGGGAUAUGCAGUGCUGCUAACACUGACUAGCUGUCCUGUAAAAAAGAAAGAAUGCAUUUUGCUUUGUUCCAUACAGUAAAGGAUAUGGUUAUUGCACUAAUGGUUUGUUGCCAGAAACAGUCGCAGCUCUUCACAUUAAAACUUGAGGAUGAAAGGCGAAUAGAAAGUGAAGAUGAAGUGACUGCCGUAAGAAAGGAACAUUUCUUAUUUGCCAAUGUUACUGCAGAAAAGGACCGACAUCCACUUCAUAGUAGAAUCAUUAAUAUUUUAUGCUUCCAACUUUCCUAUUGUAUUGUAGUUAUCCUGUUUUCAACUCUCAGAAUUCAUAUCAGAACACAGUGGUGUGCAAGGAUUAAACUGAGCGUGUUAAGUAAUGAAAGUAUCAUUAUGACAGUAGACAAAAGACAAUCACCCAUCUCAGUUGUAUAAGAUAAUUAUAUUAUUUAUUCGAGAACACUAAUGUCUGAAUAUAUUGAUGAGAGUUUGAAUGGAUGUGUGUGGGGAUGGUAAAGGGUGGAGGUGUAGGGUUAGAGAUCUUGGUUGAUGCAAGUUAUCCUUCGAAAAGUGUUGUAUUUCAUGUUACAGUAACUAAAUAGUGGGUUGUAUUGAGUGUGAUCACUGUGCUUUCAUUAAGGAAGGUUGCGGACUGCUGAUAGAAAUCUGACAUGCAAUAAUGUCACUAUCUGUUGCUGAUUAUAGCAGAAUUGUUACAGUACAAAGAAUGUAAACCCAAUGGAUAUUACAGCCUACCCUUUUACACAGCAGCAGUGUUCUUGACCUUAGUAAUUAGCAUAAAGAGACCUGUAUAUAAAUGGAGCACAUGACUUGCCACAGCAUAUUGGUGACACUUGUGUCCUGGAGGUUACACGAUGCUGCACCUUUUUUCAGCAUUUGUAAAAAAGUUUAAAAAAAUGGCUCGAAUUUACUUGCAUCAUCCAUCAUGGCUACUGAAUAUAAGCAAAACAUAGAAGGAUGUUACUGUAGUGAGCCUGCACCUAUUGAGAGUAAUGUCAGGUUCUCAGAAGGACUGUGCAGGCACCGCACUAAUGAGAUGUAUAAUAUAGUUGCUGGUGAUUGAGGAGUGAGGUUUUUCACUAGCUUUAAGCUUUUAGUCUGAGGGCAAAAUGUUUCAUGUCUAAGCCCAGAGAUCAUGCUGGAAUGUCCAAGUGCUUUGAAUGUGUUGCAGGAGUGCUCUGUCCCUGUCAAGGUCAUUAAAUGAGUUUGAAGAAGUGGUCUAAUGACUACAUGGCUGUAGCAUAAAACACGUGUGCUGUUACCCUAAUGCAAACAGCUGAAUAUUCUUUGAACUGUAUUGCUGGUAUGAUGGUAGAUGUGUUAAACAGAAUACAAAGCAUCAUGCUUGUACCAUUUGUAAAAAAACCUUGCAUCUGUUGUUGAGCCACAGUGUAAGCCCCCCUAAUGAAUAAUUUGAUUGUAGGAAAGCUAAAGAGUAUGAAGAGCAUCCACCAGUGGGCCGAAAAGAAGUGCAGUUUGUAAUGUUAAAGGUCCAUGAGGCAGUGAAUACACUGGGCCUAUUCUACUGCUUUAUGCUCAGCCUCGGCAGGAGGAGCUUCAGAUUUCAAGUGCCAGCUGCCCGAGGUCAUGUGUUCAGUCACCGACACUGUCACUUAUCCUGCUUAUGAAUGCUUUGAGAAAAUAUGGUAAAUUACAUGUGUAAGAAAUAAGUAAAUGAAUGCAAAAGCUGGAAGCAGCUAAAAUGAUGCUUGUCAUGACCCACUCCAACAGGAAGUUGUUGCCUAGAGUGGUCCCUAGAUGUGUUGUGGAAGGUACUGAUUUUUCCAUAGAUCCCUUAACAACUGUUAAUGAAAAGAAGCUUAAGCAAGUUAAAUGUGUACUGUGGUCUUUUCAUUCCUGUUUCAUUUGACAGUGUAAAGUAUGCCUGAGUAAGCCAGCUGUCUCUGUGGCAUAAGGGAUAGAGCUGUGACUGUGCCACAAAUGACCUGAGUUCAUUUAGCAACUGGGAUACCUGUAGGAGUUAUCCAGGAGUGGAUGGAAGUGAGUGGCCACUGUCAGUUCAUCCAUCCUGGGGGAGAGAGGUGGCUGUGGCUCUCCACACAUAUGACACAUAGCAGGAGCACUGGGUGUUACACCCAAGGAAGUCUGAGCCCACUUAGCCAAUGAUGUCAGAGUGCAUUUGUACUUGUGAGCCUUUCAGGAGACAUCAGUAGAGGAUUUCAGAAGUGUUGCUGGGAGGUGAUCUCAAAGGAGAUAGAGUAGGUUGAACUACAGGACCAGCAAGUUGGUGUGCUCCUUACCACACACACCUCACCGGGGAAUGGAGUGCCGAUUGGGAUUCCAGGGCAGGAUUGAAUGGGUCCAUGGACUCUCACCUAGCCUGGGAAUGCCUGGCUCAUAUCCCUCUGGAAUGACUAGGCUGACUGGGUACAGAGAGAGGAGACCUCAGGCAAGAUAUUGCAAGGAGACAAAAACAAGUAUGGCAAAAGAUAGUAAACAAGUGGGGUGGCAAGUUUUGUAGCCCAAAUAGAAGAACCUCAUGAAUCUGAGCUGUCUAGGAGCAGAGACUUUUUCCACACGGUUGUUCCAUUCCUCCAUGUAAUGUGUACACAAGCCCUAGAUACUGAGCUAUCAGACAUCCACCACUGCUAAGGACAUCAGCAACUGGCCAGUCCCAGUAACUGUAAGGAGGAGGCCACUGUUUCAUAGCUGACCUUAAUUUCACCAUGCAGAUCACAAUUCCUGGUGACUCAGCUUUGCAGAUGGCUGAUAUAUGCUUCCUUUUACAAGAAUGUCUUCUCAUUAAGAAAAAGUCUUCUGACGAUAUCAAUGCAAAAACAUGCUAUUUAGACAAGUAGUCAUAUUUGCUUGCUUAUUGGAAAUAAAUAGCUAUCAGCUUGCUUUUACACAGAAUCCCACAAUCUAUAAGGUACCCCCCAAAGUACACAGAAUACUUUAAGAAACAUAAUGAUGACAGGAUUGAAUCAACAUCAAACCACUGUUGAGUGGAAAGCAAGUUUCACAAUAAAGUGGUGAAGAAUCAAAGCAUUGUUUUCUUCUGUAAACUGAACUUGUGCUAGUAUUAAGUGAUGUUUGUUAUAUUGUUCACUGUUAUAGUCAUCACUUUUGGGAUAUCCUGAUCUCAUAACCAAAUAACACCAAACCACUGUUGGCCACUGGUGUUUAAUAAAAUAUAAGUUAAGUGCUUUCAUCUGUAACAUUACAGACUUUAUCAGAACUAACAAAAGGCCUUGCAAAACUGAUUCUGAAGACUGGGGUUGUGAAGCACAUCACAGUGUCCACAGUCACCGGAAUGGAGAGACCAGAGUCACCCAUCAGAACAUCCUCAAUCUUCUAACAUUUCUCCCCAUGUCUCUUAUAGUCAUUCUACUUCUUUACAGGGAGGUUUUUGGAGGCACUGGCCAAUGCCACAGCGGUAUGGAGCCAGACCCACCCCUUUAAUAAGAUGUAAACUCCGGGUGAAAUUUAGCUCUUCUCCAGACUGUCCUCAGGGUGAAACUAGAACAGUGCUAACAAGAACCCAUAUCAUGCUUUGUGCUGGGACAGAAAAAACAAUGGGAAUGAUAGUCUUUCUGGGGAAUUUAUUUCUUGCAGUCUAUAGAAAUAUUUACUUUAGUUUGAAAGUGCAAAUCAGAAUCACUACUGGACAUUAUAAUACAGCAGUAGAAAGAUAUAAGAAAAAUUCCCCUUUGGUUACUUACCUUUUCUGUGGAAGCAGGAUGACUUAUGGAUUGAUAAUGCUGUAUUCAUGUAUGUUAGUGAACUCCAUGUUAAGAAAGAUCAGAAAAUGGCAUCAGCUGAUGCCCGUCUUACAGUACUGACAUUCUUAUGUGGCAGUGGGAGUGAGGCAGCCAUAGCCUUGGGGCAAUAUGAAUGUCUUGAACUUGGGCAUGACAGUUGUGCUGCCUGCAGGUAAAAUCUACUACUUGUGAUGACUACAAAAGUGAAUAUGCCCAAGCGCAUACUUUUAUGUUAAGUUCCUGACACAUAUGUACUUUCUAGAAAAAUGACAUUAGUAGACAUCUCUUCUGUGCUGCUUGUUGGAUGUAGUGUCAGUGUUUAGAAGGCCAUAGUUUUUUUGGUGGUGUCAAGGUCUCUUUAUAUAUUUAAGUACUUUGGGGAAUGACAUCCUCCCAGCUGCACCUUCAUACAUAAUCACCAGUCUGGUGUUGACAGUCUCAGUCGUAAUGAUGAUUACCACUGGGUCUGAGUCUCAGUGACAGUUUCAGUGAUACAGCGAGGUUAGGGGUAACAGCAUGUUGGUGACUAUCCUGUGGGGCAGCAUCACACUGGGGAGGUUUUCUCAAGUGGAGUUAUCUCUGUUUUCAAAUGAUUGGCUUCCUUGAAGUCAGACAUCCGAUUUAGUAGUAUCCUGUGAGGGUAGUCUGUUCUUAAUUUCAGACUUUGAAAAACCUGUAUGGAUCUUAUCCAUUUGUGUAAAGGAAUGAUCAGCAGCUGUGUCUUUCGUGGUAACAAAGGCAGCAAUGAAUCCCUUGUGAUACCUUACACAAGGAGGAACCAAACAUCCAGAGAAGUGUGGAUGUAGCAUCAUGCUGGGAUUGUUAUUGCUUAAAUUCAAGAUUUCCUGACCUUUUCUUUUGUUUUCUAAAAAUAUCAACAUGAUUUUUAAUUGUAAUGUGCGAAUGCAGACAGUAUCAAAGCUGUUAAAGAUGGAAAUGGCAAGUGGAUAAGGAACGUACUCCUGAAACAAUAAUGAAAAGAAAGCAAGAGUCUCUUUUGUAAACUCUUUAUAAGUACUAACUUGUUCUGAAUUACUUUUAUGAUAUUUUUAAAUAUUUAUGAUCAUCAAUUUCUACAUACUGUGCCAAUGUUGAGUGGGUUCUUCAAGAAGGAAAACCAGUUUGAUACACUACUAAUGUCAUAAACUUGUUAAUUUUCCUACUGUCUGAAUAAAAUUGUACUUUUAAAAAAUA